AUGAAUGUCCAGUGCAGCCACUGUGGGAGGAUGUGCGUCAAUGUGGGGCAUGAAGUUGCUCUUCCCGUCCGUGCUCAGGGACAGGAGGAGCGUUUGUUUUGCAAGCAGUGCCGACAGAGGAUGUGCAUGGAGAAGGUGGUUGUGGAAGAGGUUCCAGCCCGUUUACUUGGAUACGCCAACGAGUACUGUGGACAGAACGUCGUCCCGAUGCUUACCAAGUCCGAGGCAAAAAUGAUGUAUAACCUCAGAAACCGUGACCUAGAGACCAUUCCCAUUGAGAUCGGUUAUCCUGUUAGCGCUGACGGCAACUGUGUCACGGCGUUCCUUGUCAACGAGCGGGAUGUUUUGCUUGUUGCUCGGGGAGUCCAUGGACUUCAAGUGGGCGUUGACAACGCUCGGUUCCUUAUCGGUGCGGCGCCAUUCCCCGAGGAAGAUAUCCUCAACCGAAGAGACGCCAUCCGAACCCUCUUCCUUCAGAGACGAUAUUUCGCUCGGUCCGACCUUCCACGCAUUCAAGCGUUUGUUCAAGGCCAGCAAGGUGGUGCAGCGGAGCUUUUGGCGAUCGUCCACGAGAUGGCCAUCUAG